CAUGAGACAAAAGUUGUAAACAAGUGUCACUGCACUGCGCAGACAAGGUCUUGUUUUGGUCGUUGAUAAAGCGGUAACAAGUCGUAACUCGCCCGAUAAGGAAGUGAAAAUUGGCCUUGCAUCGAUUCGAAUAAGUGCCCGCAGAAUCCGUGGUUGAGGUCGGAGGACAACAAGCGCGACAAUGCUGGAGCUGAUCAAGAAAUGGAUGGCCUACUUGUACCUCCAUUAUGAGCUGGCCACUUGCAUUUACAUGUUCGAGCCCUGGGAGCGGAAAUUGAUUAAUGGAGCUGUUAUCGUAAUUCUUGCCCUGGUCACCUUCUCUAGUUUUGUAUAUUUGCCGAAAUACACGGAAACUUUAUUGCAUUUUCUAACACCAGUUCCUCCGGUUGGAACCGGUGACAUUCAUAUUCAACAUGGUUCAGAAAAAAUAGUCUCGAUAAGCUGAACACACCAAGAAAAAAUGACUGGAAUGAAUGAAAUAGCUUUGGAACGUUUAGAUUUAGAGAAGUAGUGAAAUAAGACAAAAUUAUAUGUAAAAUUGAAUGAUUCAUUUUUCUUGGCUGUGCCAUUCGUGUUAACAGGUCAUCAUCCUUGAGGGCACAAAAACUGGUUGAAUAGAUUGUUUGUAUUUAAAAAUAAAGACGACUAUUAAUAUUGGUUAAUUUACA